AUGGGCAAACGCAAAGACUGCAUAAUAACAGACCGCAAUGGCAUAAUCGAAAACCGGCACGAAGUGCACGUCGCCGUGAUAGACUCCGACACGGGAAGACUGCUCUACAGCGUCGGCGAUCCCUCACGCAUAACACUAACUCGCUCUGCCGCAAAACCAGCGCAGGCACUCGCCGUCCUCGAAACGGGAGCGCUGGAGCAAUUCGGGUUCGACGAAGCUGAUUUGGCGUUGAUGUGUGCUUCGCAUAAUAGUGAAGAAAGACAUCUUUCUCGCGCGCGGAGCAUGUUGGCCCGAGUUCCCGGUGCGCGAGAAGCUCAUCUUCGCUGCGGUGGGCAUCCGGCUUUGUUGGAAUCGGUUAAUCGAACAUGGAUCAAAAAUGAUUUUGUGCCGACCGCCGUGUGCAAUAAUUGUUCUGGUAAGCAUGUGGGUAUGUUGGCUGGAGCCAAAGCUAUUGGAGCCGGGUUUGAGGAUUAUCAUUUGCCAACUCACCCAAUCCAGAUCAGGGUUAAGAGUGUUGUGAGAGAGUUGAGUGGCAGCAAUAGUACCACAUGUAAAUGGGGUAUCGAUGGCUGCAAUCUGCCUGCGCCUGCUUUGCCUCUUCAUCUUAUGGCAAAGCUAUACGGCGCUUUCGCUACUGCUGCUGGUAUUGAAAAUAGCAAAGAAACGAAGCCCAGAGAAAAGGCGCUGGCUCGAAUUUUCAACUCUAUGACCCAGUACCCCGAGCUUGUCGGAGGAGAAGGUCGAUUCUGCACAACGCUCAUGGAAGCAUACGAGGGUAGGUUGAUUGGUAAAGUCGGUGCCGAAGGAUGUUACGGAGUUGGUAUACGAGCAUCGGAAGAUACCAGGCGGUUAGGUGCAAGUGGAGCGAUUGGGGUUGCCGUCAAGAUUGAGGAUGGAAAUUUGGGGAUUCUCUAUUCAGCAGUCGCAGAAAUUCUUGAACAGUUGGCGAUUGGUACGCCAGAGAUGCGUCGGAAAUUAGACAAAUUUCAUAAACCUGCUGUUUUGAAUACGGCCGGCGUUAUUACGGGACAUACAUCUCAUUUGUUUACCUUGGAUUCACCUGAACAGGGUUGUUUUGAGCAGGGGAUAGACGGAUCCGCUGUGUUCGUAGGUAAUACAUAG